AUUAAUCCGAUAAGUAAUUAGUUCUUCGUAAUCGUUUCGAGUUAUUGGAAUGAAAAAAAUAAGCUUAUAAAGAAUAGUUAUAUGUUCUUCUGUCUUUAAGUUUGUUUGGUUAUUUAGAUAUAUUUUCUAUAACAUAUCUAACUGCCAUCUAUCAUUAAAAUUUUUAUUAAAGAAUUUGGCAAUCGUCAAAUUGGAAAACACAAUAAAUGAUACGAUAAAAGUUACAAUUAAAUUAUCUACAAAAAUGAGUUCCAAAUUCUUAUUUCUAGAAUCAAUGGAGAUUCUCAGUACUAUACCGCAAUAUUAUACUUUGUUAGAAGUAUUCGCAGUACUGUUGUUCUUAUGGUUUAUUGUCAAAAAAGUUUAUCGUAGAGAUAAUGUGACUCUAACGGAGGAUGAAUUGGAGAAAAAGUUAUUGGAAUGGAAACCUGAACCAUUGACGCCUGAAGUAGAUCCUAAUCAUCCCUCUUUACAUCCUUUAAAAGUGUCUACCAGAGUUGGCAAAAGAAUAUUAGUCAAUGACAAAGAUUGCCUUAAUUUAGGAACUCACAAUUACUUGGGCCUAACGGAAAAUGAGGAAAUAAAUGAAAUUGCGAUUGAAACUAUUAAAAAGUACGGAGUAGGUUCUUGUGGACCACGUGGUUUUUAUGGGACUGUUGAUGUUCAUCUUGAAUUGGAAGAAAGAUUGGCCAAAUUUACGGAUACAGAAGAAGCCAUCGUAUAUUCGUAUGGAUUCAGUACCAUUGCCACUGCCAUACCUGGAUAUUGUAAAAAAAAUGAUUUGGUGUUUGCUGAUGAAAAAAUAAAUUUUGCCAUACAGAAAGGAUUGGAUGCAUCUAGGUCGACAGUUAAAUAUUUUAGGCAUAAUGAUGUACAAAAUCUACAUGAUUUGUUGUUAGAACAGGAGAAAAAGGAUAAGAAAAAUCCUAAAGCUGCUAAAAUCAAACGCUUCUUAAUCAUAGAAGGUAUUUAUUUGUAUACAGGACAAAUUUGCCCUCUACCUGAAUUAAUUGGAUUAUGUAAAAAAUACAAAUUAAGAAUAUUCAUUGAUGAAUCGAUAUCAAUUGGUACUCUUGGUGCUCAUGGAAAAGGGGUCACAGAACAUUUUGAUGUUCCUAGGCAUGAAAUUGAUUUGAUUAUGGGAUCCUUAGAAACAGCCAUAGGAUCUAUUGGUGGAUUUUGUGUUGGUACUACUUUUAUCGUUGAACAUCAACGUUUGGGUGCCCUCGGUUAUUGUUUUUCAGCAUCUUUACCACCACUUUUAACAACAGCAGCUAUAACUGCUAUAAAUAUAAUGGAAAAUAAUCCACAUAUAUUUAAAUCUUUGAAAGAUAAGUGUAUAACCAUAGAUAAUGCUCUUAAAGAAAUGCCAUAUAUUGAAACUCCAAGCUUUGCUGAAUCUCCUUUAAAACAUUUAUAUUUGAAGGAAAAGAAAGAUUAUGCUGAAGAAAUAAAAAUCCUUACUUCUAUUUCUGAAAGGUGCAUUGAAAAUAAUUUAGCUAUAAUAAGUCCUACAUAUCUAGAAACAGAAAACAAACUGCAAAGACCUAGCUUACGUCUUUGUGUUUCUGUAUUAUUGACUGAAAGUGAUAUCAAUUUUGCAAUAUCUACCUUAAAGAAAUGCAUUAAAGAAAUUUUAACAUAAAAGCCAUUAAGUAUAUAUAUAUAUAUAUAUAGAACUUAUUUAUUUAUAAGAAAUAUUGUAAAUCUAUUAUGCUUUAUAUCCAAAAAAAAAUAUAUAAUUCAUUAAUUUUCUAAGGAUUCAAUAUUAGAUUGCCUGGCAUUUAUAGUGAUUCUACAUUCCAUCUAAAUACAUUUUUCAAAGUUUUUUUAUUCAAUAUUUCUCUGAUUAAACUAUAUAUGCAAUAUAAAUAGAAUUGAAUAUAAUGUAUAUUUUAAAUAUAAAUAA